AAGCUCUACAAGACCAUGACGCUCCUCAACACCAUGGACCGCAUCCUCUACGAGUCCCAGCGCCAGGGCCGGAUCUCCUUCUACAUGACCAACUAUGGGGAGGAGGGGACGCACGUCGGCAGCGCGGCCGCGUUGGAUGACACCGAUCUGGUCUUUGGGCAGUACCGGGAGGCCGGCGUGCUGAUGUACCGGGGCUACCCCCUGGACCUCUUCAUGGCACAGUGUUACGGCAACGCGAGUGACCCUGGCAAAGGCCGUCAGAUGCCCGUCCACUAUGGCUGCCGCGACCGUCAUUUUGUCACCAUCUCGUCCCCGCUGGCCACCCAGAUCCCGCAAGCCGUGGGGGCCGCCUACGCCAUCAAGCGUGCCGAUGCCAACCGGGCAGUGAUCUGCUACUUUGGGGAGGGGGCAGCCAGCGAGGGGGACGCCCACGCCGGCUUCAACUUCGCUGCCACCCUUGAGUGUCCCAUUGUCUUCUUCUGCCGGAACAACGGCUACGCCAUCUCCACCCCAACCUCCGAGCAGUACCGGGGUGACGGCAUCGCGGCGCGUGGCCCUGGCUACGGGCUGAUGUCCAUCCGGGUGGACGGCAAUGAUGUCUUUGCCGUGUAUAACGCCACCAAAGAAGCUCGCCGCCGCGCCGUGGCAGAGAACCAGCCCUUCCUCAUCGAAGCCAUGACCUACCGAAUCGGCCACCACAGCACCAGUGACGACAGCUCGGCAUACCGGUCAGUGGAUGAGGUGAAUUACUGGGACAAACAGGAUCAUCCCAUCUCCCGGCUGCGGCACUACAUGCUGAACCGGGGCUGGUGGGACGAGGAGGAGGAGAAGGGCUGGCGCAAGAGCUCCCGCAAAAUGGUGAUGGAAGCGUUUGAGCAGGCGGAGCGGAAGCUGAAGCCCAACCCGCAGCUCCUCUUCUCUGACGUUUACCGGGAGAUGCCACCUCACCUGCGCCGGCAGCGAGCGGCUCUGGAACGGCACCUGCAGCACUACGGGGAGCACUACCCCCUGGAGCACUUCGAGAAGUGACCCCCGCCCCCCCGCCCACAAAUAAACACAGGUCUGUGCCGCCCCA